AUGAAGGGUUAUGUCAUAGGGCGGAAUGGAUAUAUGGCCGCUGAUAGACAAAGUAUUCGAGAGGAGAAUGCUGAAGGAUGUAUUGGGGAAGAUGCUGGUGGACAAAGUAUUCGAGAGGGAAACGCUGGAGCUUGUAUUGGGGAGGACGCUGAUGGACAAAGUAUUCGAGAGGGAGACGCUGGAGGAUGUAUUGGGAGGAAGCUGGUUGACAAAGUAUUCGAGAGUGAAACGCUGGAAGAUGUAUUUGGGAGGACGCUGAUGGACAAAGUAUUCGAGAGGGAAACGCUGGAGCUUGUAUUGGGGGAGGACGCUGAUGGACAAAGUAUUCGAGAGGGAGACGCUGGAGGAUGUAUUGGGAGGAAGCUGGUUGACAAAGUAUUCGAGAGUGAAACGCUGGAAGAUGUAUUUGGGAGGACGCUGAUGGACAAAGUAUUCGAGAGGGAAACGCUGGAGCUUGUAUUGGGGGAGGACGCUGAUGGACAAAGUAUUCGAGAGGGAAACGCUGGAGGAUGUAUUGGGGAGGACGCUGGUGGACAAAGUAUUCGAGAGGGAAACGCUGGAGGAUGUAUUGGGGAGGACGCUGGUGGACAAAGUAUUCGAGAGGGAAACGCUGGAGGAUGUAUAGGGGAGGACGCUAAUGGACAAAGUAUUCGAGAGUGA